AUGCUAAACCAAUUAAAAUCUUUAUUAGAAAAACUCAAGUCCAACCCUAAGGGACAAAUAGAAACUAAGGAAAAACUUUUAACUGAUUUAAAACAAAGAAAAGCCCUCCUACCAACUGAAGGACAGGAAGAGAUAAAUCAGGAAAUUAAAGAGCAAGAAGAACUCUUGGAAGAACUAAAAAAGCAAGAGCAGAGAGAAAGACUUAUCUGGGAAAGCCAAGUCAGGGGUCAUCAAGAGAAUGUAGAUAAAUGCAAAAAAGUUUUAGAAUGGUUACCUUCAACUA